AAACCACUAAGCUACGUGUAGUGUUCGACGCAUCAGCAAAAAGUUCUGCUGGCAUCUCUCUGAACGAUUGCUUGCACACAGGUCAAAAACUUCAAGCAGACCUAUCUCAUAUUCUGAUGCGAUCACGUUUACACAAAAUCUUGUUUACUGCAGAUAUUAAGCAAAUGUAUCGUCAGAUCCUCAUUAGCGAUGCAGACCGAGAUUACCUACGCAUUUUAUGGCGUUUCAAUCAAGAAAAUAGUAUUGAAGAGUAUCGUCUGCGUACUGUCACAUACGGAACGUCAUCGGCUCCAUUUCAAACGAUCCGAACAUUACAACAUCUGGCCACAGUUUGCAAAUCCACACAUCCCAUUGCAUCACAAGUUAUACACUCCGACACCUUUGUCGAUGAUAUUCUUACUGGUGCAGAAUCUAUACAAUCAGCUCUAAACAUCCAAGAUCAAUUAACAAAAUUACUCUCAAGUGGUCAUUUCAUACUCCGAAAAUGGGCCAGCAAAGCUCCUGAGGUAGUCAAUGCUGUUCCAGAAGAAGCACGUUCCACGUUAUCUUCAGUUAGCUUUGAUGACGAGUCUGAAACAGGACUGAAAGUGCUCGGCUUACAUUGGGAUCUAAGACAUGACCACUUCCGUCACACAAUCCGAUGUUUAGAUGUCAAGCCUACGAAGCGAAAUGUGCUGUCUGAAAUAGCACGCAUUUUCGAUCCACUUGGUCUUUUAUCUCCUGUCACAUUUCUCACCAAACACUUGAUGCAGGUACUGUGGAUAGCAGGAAUUGGUUGGGAUGAUGUCAUUCCAAGCAAUGCUCAUAACAUAUGGCAACAGUAUCGUGACCAGUUACCAUGCCUCCAAGAACUCCGUAUACCCAGACGCAUCACGACUGACACCAACGAUUCAGUUGAACUGCACGCCUUCUUCGACAGUUCGGAAAAAGGGUACGCAGCUGCCAUAUAUCUACGCACAAAAUCAUCUACCGGUGUCGUAUGUCACUUAGUCACAGCCAAAUCCAAGGUGGCCCCACUCAAACGCGUCACCAUUCCACGCCUUGAACUGUGCGGCGCACUACUCGCGGCAAAACUGCUGAAAUCCGUUAUUGAUGUGUUGUCUCCGGUCAUUGACAUUACAUGCAUACAUGCCUGGACAGACUCAAUGACUACAUUAGCAUGGAUAAAGUCAUCCCCACACCGUUGGACAACAUUUGUCGCCAAUCGAGUCAGUCAAUUACAGGAUCUCACAACACCUUCCAUAUGGCGGUAUGUCUCGACUAAGGUUAAUCCAGUCGACUGUGCGUCGAGAGGUCUCUUUCCAUCUGAACUUCUUAACCAUCCACAAUGGUGGGGAGGACCUGAGUUCCUAUAUGAUGAACACACCAGCUGGCCCAAAACUCAUUCCAUACCUGACGAGAACACAAGCCAACCAGAGUCCCGACUCACGGUCGCAUUAACAGCAACAAAAACAGACGACAUUUUCGACCGUCUGUUCGAUCGGUAUUCAUCAUUAACCAAAAUCGUGAGAAUAAUUGGAUACUGUUUUAGAUUUAAGCAAAACUAUCAAGCAACAAUAACUUUAAACCCUACGGAACAACAUAAGGCUCUAGAUGCCAUCAUCAAAGCAGUCCAGUGGUCCGCAUUUAACGACGACAUACGCCUACUGACAGCAAAUAAGCCAUGUAGCACUCACCUACGGAGACUAAGCCCAUUUCUGGAUGCAUCUGGUAUUCUUUGAGUUGGUGGACGAAUUCUACAUGCAU